CGAGGGCAGGCGGGAAGGGCCCGAGACUGCAUCAUUCCGCACCGGCUGCUGCAGGGCCAGAGGGAGCAGGUGGAGCGAGCGAGCGAGCUUGGAGCCGGAGCGCGCUAGACCCAGGGGGAGACUGCAGUGACGCUGCCGGGAGACAUGGCGGCCCCGCGCCUCUGAAUAACGGGAUCCGGAGCCCCUCGCCUUCCCCGGCCGCCGCAGCCCAGGCCAUGCGGCACCGCUGCUGACCGCACGCAGGGGCUGGCCCAGAGGACACAUGCCGCAGCAGCUGCCGCCUCGCCCCUGAGCCUCUCGCCUACAUUCUCCAUGUUGCAUUUCUCGUCAAUUUCUCGGGCAGUGUAGCUGCCUCGGCCAGCAGAGCCGUCAGGGUAUUGCUUUGCUCAUUCAUCCAGGCACACUUUUUCUUUUCCAUUUUUGCUUCCCCUCCCCAUUUGCUUCUCCCGUUCCCCGCCUGUUUUGCACCCAUCUCCCCGACCCGGUCACCCCCACCUGCCUCCAUCCACCGGGGCUAUGGCCGCAGAAGAGGUAUUGCAGACGGUGGACCAUUAUAAGACCGAGAUAGAGAGGCUGACCAAGGAGCUCACAGAGACGACCCACGAGAAGAUCCAGGCUGCUGAGUACGGGCUGGUGGUACUGGAAGAGAAGCUGACCCUCAAACAGCAGUAUGACGAGCUGGAGGCUGAGUACGACAGCCUCAAACAGGAGCUGGAGCAGCUGAAGGAGGCAUUUGGGCAGUCCUUCUCCAUCCAUCGUAAAGUCGCUGAGGAUGGAGAGACUCGGGAGGAAACGCUUCUGCAGGAGUCUGCAUCGAAGGAAGCUUACUAUCUGGGCAAGAUCUUGGAGAUGCAGAAUGAACUGAAACAGAGCCGGGCUGUGGUCACUAAUGUCCAAGCAGAAAAUGAGAGGCUCACGGCCGUUGUGCAGGAUCUGAAGGAGAACAAUGAGAUGGUGGAGCUACAGAGAAUACGGAUGAAGGAUGAAAUUCGAGAAUAUAAGUUCCGGGAGGCCCGGCUCCUUCAGGACUACACUGAACUAGAAGAAGAGAAUAUCACUUUGCAGAAACUAGUGUCCACGUUAAAGCAGAACCAGGUUGAGUACGAAGGCCUAAAGCAUGAGAUCAAGCGGUUUGAGGAGGAGACGGUGCUGCUCAACAGCCAGCUGGAGGACGCCAUCCGGCUGAAGGAGAUCGCCGAGCACCAGCUGGAGGAGGCGCUGGAGACGCUGAAAAACGAAAGGGAGCAGAAGAACAGCCUGCGCAAGGAGCUCUCCCAGUACAUCACCCUCGGCGACAACCACAUCAGCAUCUCAGUCGACGGCCUCAAGUUCGCGGAGGACGGGGGCGAGCCCAACAACGACGACAAGAUGAACGGGCACCUCCACGGGCCGCUGGUGAAACUGAACGGAGACUACCGGGCGCCCACCCUGAGGAAAGGGGAGUCCCUGCACCCGGUCUCGGACCUAUUCAGUGAGCUGAACAUUUCAGAGAUUCAGAAGCUGAAGCAGCAGCUUAUGCAGGUAGAGCGUGAAAAGGCCAUUCUUCUGGCCAAUCUCCAGGAGUCACAGACACAGCUGGAACACACCAAGGGGGCGCUGACGGAGCAGCAUGAGCGGGUGCACCGGCUCACAGAGCACGUCAACGCCAUGAGGGGCUUGCAGAGCAGCAAGGAGCUCAAGUCUGAGCUGGAUGGGGAGAAGGGCCGGGACUCAGGGGAGGAGGCCCAUGACUAUGAGGUGGACAUCAACGGCUUAGAGAUCCUCGAAUGCAAAUACAGAGUGGCAGUAACCGAGGUGAUUGACUUGAAAGCAGAAAUCAAGGCCUUAAAGGAGAAAUAUAAUAAAUCUAUAGAAAACUAUACAGAAGAAAAGGCCAAGUAUGAGAGUAAGAUCCAAAUGUAUGAUGAGCAGGUGACAAGCCUUGAGAAGAACACCAAGGAGAGUGGCGAGAAGAUGGCCCACAUGGAGAAGGAGUUGCAAAAGAUGACCAGCAUAGCCAACGAAAAUCACAAUACCCUUAAUACAGCGCAGGAUGAGCUAGUGACGUUUAGUGAGGAGCUAGCCCAGCUUUACCACCAUGUCUGUCUGUGUAAUAAUGAAACUCCCAACAGGGUCAUGCUGGACUACUAUAGGCAAAGCAGAGUUACCCGCAGUGGCAGCCUGAAAGGGCCUGAUGAUCCCAGAGGACUUUUGUCUCCACGAUUGGCCAGACGGGGUGUGUCAUCCCCAGUAGAAACAAGGACCUCAUCUGAACCCGUUUCAAAAGAAAACACAGAGGCCAGCAAAGAACCAAGUCCAACUAAGACCCCAACCAUCUCUCCUGUUAUUACUGCCCCACCAUCAUCUCCGGUAUUGGAUACAAGUGAUAUCCGCAAAGAGCCAAUGAACAUCUACAACCUUAACGCCAUAAUCCGGGACCAAAUCAAGCAUCUGCAGAAAGCAGUGGACCGGUCCUUGCAACUGUCUCGUCAGAGAGCAGCGGCUCGGGAGUUGGCCCCCAUGAUUGAUAAGGACAAGGAAGCCUUAAUGGAAGAGAUCCUCAAGCUCAAGUCCCUGCUGAGCACCAAACGGGAACAGAUUGCCACGCUGAGGGCAGUGUUGAAAGCCAACAAACAGACAGCUGAGGUGGCCCUAGCUAAUCUGAAGAACAAAUAUGAGAAUGAAAAAGCAAUGGUGACAGAAACGAUGACGAAACUGAGGAAUGAACUGAAGGCUUUGAAAGAAGAUGCAGCCACUUUCUCAUCCCUGAGAGCAAUGUUUGCAACAAGAUGUGAUGAAUAUGUCACACAGUUGGAUGAGAUGCAGAGACAGUUAGCAGCCGCAGAGGAUGAGAAGAAGACUCUAAACACUUUGUUACGAAUGGCUAUCCAGCAAAAACUCGCCCUGACCCAGCGGCUGGAGGACUUAGAGUUUGACCAUGAGCAGUCCCGUCGCAGCAAAGGCAAACUUGGAAAGAGCAAGAUCGGCAGCCCUAAAGUAAGUGGGGAGGCAUCAGUCACCGUGCCCACCAUAGACACUUACCUCCUGCAUAGUCAGGGCCCACAGACACCCACCAUUCGGGUCAGCAGUGGCACUCAGAGGAAAAGACAAUUUUCACCUUCCCUUUGUGAUCAGAGCCGUCCCAGGACUUCAGGGGCUUCCUACCUACAGAAUUUAUUAAGAGUUCCCCCUGAUCCCACCUCCACAGAAUCAUUUCUUCUGAAGGGCCCCCCUUCCAUGAGUGAAUUCAUCCAAGGGCACCGGCUCAGCAAGGAAAAAAGGUUAACCGUGGCUCCACCAGAUUGUCAGCAGCCUGCUGCCUCCGUACCGCCACAGUGCUCACAACUAGCCGGGAGGCAAGACUGCCCAACUGUCAGUCCUGACGUAGCUCUCCCUGAGGAGCAGCCACAUUCCAGCUCGCCCUGCGCCCCUCUCCACUGUCUCUCCAAGCCUCCUUACCCCUAGUCUCCAGCUCCUGUGGACGAACAUCUGGGCUGAAGGUUCUGUAGCCACUCGCAGGAUACUGCCCAAGCCCCGGCGGGGAUGUUCUUCCCGGUGGUUCGCUGUACAAUUGGAUUAAUGUUCAUCGUUUUGGAAGAGAGAAAAUUGAGAAGAUUGACAAAAAGCACAGACCCCGUGUGAUCAAACGUUUUAUGGUUCCUCUGAGUCACUGUUAAACUUCUCCAAUCCAAUGGCUACAGUUCAGUUAAAUUUCAAAAAUAAAAAGAAACAUGAAAUAUGCAUCUCAGAUGGCUGGCUUACCUCUAUAGCAUAAGAGAGACCUAAGACGAUGUAAAAUACGUAUAUUGUAAAAUCAUCUUUCCUCAUGCUCCAAAUUCAGCUAUAGAAGUUGAUUCUGAUAUUUUCGGUCAUUGAUAUUUAUUUUGUUACUUUAUUUGCUACAUGAUUUAUGUCUGUAAUAAAUAAUUUCUGUGAGAAGUGAAUUUAAUGCACUUAUUUUCAAAGAAGCAUAAUUUGCUCAGUUACAUAUGAGUUUUAAUUGAGUUUGAAAUCUGGAAUUGGCCAGAUUGUGAUCGUUUUUCUUGCACAAAAUGAUAAAUGUGGUGCAUCAGAAUGUUAACAAUAACUGUAUUUUGCUGCUACACUGAUUAUUUAUGCACUUAUUUUCUAAUCAGUAGCUCAUUAACUGCUGUUUUUUUUUUUAACUAUAUUUCUUCACUGGACAUUAUUAAGUAAAUCUAAGAAAGAGACUAAAUUUUGUUUCAUUGACUUAUUCAAAUUUUGAUGGCAUCUUCAAUUUUUUAAAAUUGCAGUUGAGUAGAUGUACUGGUGCUGCUUCUUUGUACGUGUGUACGUGUGUGAUGACAUUAUAGAAGGCUAAACAACCUGAAAGGAAAAAAAUGAUGUGUUUGUUUAAUGACCAGAACUUUUUUUUUUUAAACUUCUUCCAAAUUCAGGGUCCUACUAUGGGUCUUUCCUGCUAAAAGGUAUCAAGAACAAAGGAGAAAAUAUAUACAUACAUAGAUGUAAGGUAGCUUUGGCUAGUUAAUUUACCAGAAAGUGUUCAGAUUUUGAUUAAAAUUGUAUGUUUUGUUGUUAGGUUUUUUCAUAAUGAAUCUUCCUUGCCAAAAAACAAAUAGAUAAUAAACCUUAGCUCAUUGUCUACUUUUGACAAACACUCAGGUGCCUACAAUCAUUAUAUUAUAUUGAGAUAAGACAUGUUCCUAGUUCAUUUACAGAUUCUGCUAGGUAACUUUUAUGACCUGAUUUAAGGCAGUGGAUUUUCAUAGCAAAAUUUAUUUUGCACAUAAUCUGACAAACAAGGAAACAGCUAAUUGAGCUGAAAGGUCUAACACUAGGGCUCCUUAACUCUCAAGUGCUGCCCACACAACUGCUCCUAGCCCUGAUUCCUUGUCUUUGUCAGGUAGCCUUAACUAAUUUACAACCAUAAGGGUUUCACCUUUUCAUGUAACUUCUCUUCAGAACGGACACAGUCCGGCUGUUAACGUGAAGGACAGAUAACGGUGCAGGACACUAGCAGUGGAGGUUUAGGAGCUUAUCGAGUGGAAGUGGGUGGUACAUUCAUAGAGGGGUCCAUCCAAGGCCCACCUGUCAGUCAUUAAGCACAUUGCAGGAGCCUCUGUCAGUCAUUUGCCUGAUAAGUGGUGGUCAUUAUUACCAAAGCAACCAGGAGGUUUUGUGUUCCUUCUCUAAGUGCUAUUUUCAACAGUCAUUUCUUAUGCAACUUGGGGUAAAUAGUCGAAAUCUUCACCAAAAGAGAGAUUCAGGUUCAAGUACAGAAACAAACAAAACAGAUCUUCAUGAAAGCCCUAGUCACAGUAACCUAACAUGCUCCAUCCUACCAGUGUUCCCUUGCUGUUUCAUCUGCCUGCUACCAGGAUUAGUGAGACAGUGUGGAUUUUAUUAGAGUGAUUCAAGAAUGCUUGCCCCACCUCCACACACACUUUUCCUUUUUCAAGCAUCAUGUGUUUGGACCUGAAAAGUGGCAUAGCUGCUAAGUUGACUUUGUUCAAGAGAAAACAUGCCUUUUUUAACGAGUACCUCAGAACAACGUCUUUCUGUUUGUCUCAUGGAUUUUGUCUGGUGAGAUGGGAACUCAGCAGUCGAUCUUGGUUCUGUGAAACCACACAACUGUCCUGUUACCAGGGCUGCAUUCAUUUUUAUUCCCUUAUUCUAGAUUUAGGUCCCAGGGAAAAGUGAGUCAUAUACAGAACAUUUAUUUCUUCAAAUAUGAAACCUAUCAUAAACUAGUUUUAUUUCAGUUCUUUAUCCAAAUAGAGUGGAAAAUGCUUGUUUUGAAGUCUUAACUACAAAAUACUAAUUUUAGUGCAACUUUGUCAAGAAGAUUUGGAAACUUGGAAAUAAAUUUCUCACUUUCAGCACAAAAUUAAGUGGCAGUAAGAGAGAAUACCAUGUAUUUACAAUGUGGCAUUAUUUGGUAUAGUUUAAAUUGAGCCAUAUUUAUAUUUAUUUAUAGGCAUUUUAAAUGAAUAAAUAUGUGUAGUGUUGGUAAGAAUCAAUACUUGUAAAGAUAAUACAAGGAUCCAAAAGGAAACCGAAAAAGUGAAGAACUAGUGAAAACCCAAAAGGAUGAGCCUUACUAAUUGAAGACAUGUUUGGGGAGGAAAACUAAAUUGAAAAAAUACACUAAAGCUAAGUGUUGUAGACACGAUGAGCAAAAAUGAAAGAAAUCUAGCAGGAGUGUUUAGUAGAAUAACCAAGUAGAAGUUUUGUUUCGAUUUGGUUUUUGGCUUUGAUGAGAUGGGGUCUCUGCUCUUCAGCUGGUCUUGAACUCCUGGACUCCAGUGACCCUCCCACCUCAGCCUCUUGAGUGCUGCCUCUCCUGGCCCAAGUAAUUUUUUCAAAAAGGAAGCACAAUUACAAUGCUGAAAAGAAUAGUGUUAGUAUGCAGAAAUGCUUUCUUACUAGAGAUUUUUUCUUAAUUAAAAAAUAUCAGUAAAAUUAAAAGGAGCAAUAAAUUGCCUUUGGCCUAAGUGCUCAGGGGCAUAAAAACCUUGGAUACUUUCCCAUCAACUCACAUUUUAUCAGAUUCCUUUCAUGUAUACAGUUCUGGAUUCCAAAAAAGGGAGUUUGGGGAACUUUGCAAAAACAGAAAAUUCUUAAACAGUUAAGAAAAGACUUGGAUAUACUUUAUGUAGCUGAAGGAGAGCAUGUACAACAGUGAUCUUCAAGAAAAGAGAAAUUUUAGCAAGUAAUAGACACCUGUGAUAGAUAUCACUAAGGCUAGAAUAAGAAAUUCUUCAGUGUGAAAGAUUUAUAUUAAUUCUAGGAAGAAGGAUUUUACAAUGGAAAAUUCAUCACUGGAAUUGAUAAUUAUAAAAAAGAUAUGUUUUUUUGAAGUUAAUAUUGUUGGAGAUCUAGAGAGCGUUAAGUGGCAAAAUAUCUUAAAAUAUCUUACAAUAAUCCCAUGAUUCUUUUAUUUUUUUAAAAUACAUUAUAAAGUUUUACUGAUAGUCAUAAAGUAUUUAAUCCCUUGAAAUAAGAUGGUAAUCUUACUUUCUCCAAGAUAUUUGGCUUAAAAAUUUUUUGUUGGUAUUAAUUUUCCUCCCAGCUAUAUUUCAUAAUAUCUUUAAAGUUAUCUAGAAUGUAGCAGUUUUGCUACAAAAAGCCUCAAUUUUUGGAAUCUAAAAAACAACUGUCCUCAGGAAUACUUCCGAAAGAAAAGGUAUGUGAUCCCUCAGGGGAAACAAGUACCUCUUGAAUUUUAUCUUUACUUAAAAGGAUCUUCAAGCUUUUCUUAUCCUAUGGAAAUACAACAGAUAAAUCCCACUAUUUUGAAAAGCCUGAAACAGUGGUCCAGCAAAUAGCCAAGAUGUGGGAAUUUCCUGAUUAAAAAAAAAUAAAUUAAAUAAAAUCCUCUCCAGUUCUUAAGUGGAGAUCACAAAACAAGAAUAUGAAGGAAUAAAAUAUAUUUUCUACUGAAAUAAGAAUGUCACAUUUCAUUGUCAUGCUCCAGUCAGCCAAAAGAUAUAAUUGCAUCUCUGAAAAAGUAAUCAGAAGAAGCUAAUAGGUUUUCAGGAAGGAACAGUACUGGUUCAACCCAGGGAUGCCACAAAUACAUUGAUAUUGUAGCUAGACCUAGAUUUGAAAGAAACUCUUGGGGUGAAGUUUCCAUUUUUAAAAGUUCACUCUCUGGUUGUUUGUUGUUGUUGUUGUUUAUAAAUCAGAGUGAUUUAAAAUAAUUAUGUAUUUAAGAUCACAAAAACUUUACAGUAAUAUGUUUUCAAAUAAAGGGAACAUAAUUUUCCAGAAAGCCAUCAAACUGGAGUCAUGAUAGAUAGCAUGAUCAGUGCUGCUACUGAAAAAUCAUUUUUUACCUUAAAAUCAAUUUGUGUUGACAUAUGAGAACAAGCUUACUCCCGAGUGACUUCUUCCAUCCUCUGUAAUAAUGCUCCCAGAUGAUUGUGUCUGAAAUUAUUGUUAUUAUUAUUAUUAUUAUUAUUAUUAUUAUUAUUAUUAUUAUGUGUGGUGCUGGAGAUUGAACCCAGGGCCUCAUGCAUGCAAGGCAAACACUCUACCAACUAAGCUAUAUUCCCAGUCCAAUUUCAUCUUUAUUUUGAUGCCAACAUUACUACCAUAGUCCCUGAUGUAUUGCAUUUGUAGCCUAGCUCUGUUAACACCUGAAAGACUUCAUCUAGACAUCUCUUUCAUCCUAUUACUCAAAGUGUACUUGAAAGAGAUAUUUAGUGUUAAGGUAUGUUCCCCAGCUGAAAAUUUUCUACAAAUGGUGUUCUGUUUAAAAAAAAAGAGGAGAAGAAAUAAACUGCUGCUAGUGUAAGGCAAGGGUGCACAGAGGUACACAGUGUAAGAUGUUUGCAUGAGAUAGUUCACACCGUGUAAGCCUUCCCAUAUCCAUGAUAUGAACACUCUAGAAGUCUUAUUUCUCCUGUGAUUUCCCCAUUAGGAAUGUAAAGAGAUUGCCACCUGUACCUGGUCUCCUUUCCAUAUUGAAAUGCAUGGCUCUACUCUUUAAUGUAGUUUUAUCCCUUUCCUCUGGAGUUAUUUAAAUUUUGCCCUAUUUAAUCUGAAGCCUGGAUAAACUGCAGAUCUAGAUUAAUUCUGAGAUUGGCUUUUAAUUGCUGUACAACAUGUGUUGAGAAUUUAUUUUUAUUUUAACUUUUCUUCCUUUCAGAAUUAUUCUCUGGUAAUCAUGACUCUAAUCAAAACACUGAGAAGUAAACUUGUGUGUUGACUUCUUUUUUUUUUUUAAAUCAAUUUGGUUGACUGGGGUUGUGGCUCAGCAGUAGAGCACUCUCCUAGCACGGGUGAGGCCCUGGGUUCAAUCCCCAACACCACAUAAAAAUAAAUAAAUAAAGAUAUUGUGUCCGACUACCAUUAAAAAAUAAAUAUUAAAAAAAAAAGAAUGCCAUUGGUAUUUUAAAAAAAUCACUUUAAAACGAAGAUCAGAGACCUAUAAAAUAAAAGGAUAUAUCAUCACUAUGUUGAAAAAUCAUUAUUUGGUGACAAUGAAGACACAGAGUGAAUGUUGGAUUCAUAGAUAUGGUUGCAUAGCAAGUCAUAGAGGAAAUGCAUCGUUUUAACAUUGUCACCACAGAAUUUUUAAGCUCAAUGGUUUGACUGUUAGAGUCAACAAUUCUUUGGAAAUCUUUUAUGACAUUUUUGUAAUCUACUCAGUGUUUUUAUUUGCAUGAUUACGUAUAUACCGUGAACCAAACAUGAUUCCUACAUUGUAUUUCUUUCCAGUAUUUACAUUUGUGUCAUGUGUGGCCAACCCUGAUUUGUACACUGUCUGAUUAUUGUUAUAGCGAUUUAGCUUUCUCCUACAUUUAAUUAAAGUUUCUUAUUAUGCCUUUUGGGGUUAAAUGAUGUGAAGUGUUCCACCUAAUAACACCAUAUGGAAACAUGACUAAACGACUGAUCUAAGGAACUUCUGUUUACUAAUUAUUUUUAAAAAUUCAAAUUUCAAAGGAAACAUUCUCAGACACAUGCAUUUGUUCUUAAUUCGAAAAAAAAUCCUUAUGUAUUUAUUAUUGCUCGUCCUUUUUAUUUUUUUAUUGUAGACAAUCUUAAGUGAAUGUCUCAUGGGAGAAUUCCUACACCCUGUGCUUGUUUUCGUGUAAUUGAUCACACACUCAAUGGUUGGGAAAGGCACUCCGAUGCUAAGAAAAUAACCAGAAGCCGAUAUAUCGAUUCUUAUACCUUGGUUUAUGUUAACGACUGAAUAUUGUGUAAUGCAUAAUUUUUUCCAGUAAAUAAACUGGUUACCUUUUGUUCAUUUCA